UAUGACUUUCCCUAAUUGUGGACGUCUCACUGACACCUGGAAGUUAAAUGUUUCGUUCCCUUCUUCCUAUUGUGCUUUUUUUAGCAUUACGUUUAAACAGAGGAGUCAAAGUGUUCGAUAGAUAGCUGGGGAAGACGUAUGAUCGCUAUGUAAGGCUCAAAAACGCCUUUGCCUAAGGUUGCUUUUUUUCUCUUUUUUUUUUUUUUUGGUAAAAUUUAAUUUGCCUGGUUUUAAACAAAGUAUAACUUCGGUCGCGGUUUGAAGUCAUGAAGUUACUUUCUAAAGUAACAUCGGAAGGAUAUUAUAAUCUUUAGCAUUGCGUCGAAGACUUUCAAGAAGUUUAGUGACAUUUUUUUUGUGUGUUUGAACAGUUUUAGAGUGGACAAAUUUUCUUGUAACAAAACUGAGUAAAAUAACUUUAAUUCGAUUAAAAGAAGUAGAAAAAAUUAAUUCCUAAGAAAUGCAGAUGUUGCUGUCGUUAGCUGGCAAUAGAUUAAAUGGUUACAAAAUGUGGUGUUAAGCAAAGAAACUCACUCCACCAGUUCAGAUAUCAUGCUCUUAGUGGUCGUUGUAAGAUGCUUGAAUCAGCUGGGAGAAUAAUAUGGAGAAAACUCCGUAUCAACUUUAGGUUUAUCCGUUAAAGAACAAAUCGUGGUAUACUGAUCUUUUAUUAAAAAACAGUCGCCAUCGGACACUUUAUCACUUGGAGUCUUCUCUAAGAAUUACCAUGGAGGAGAGGAAACUUUGUAAUUUCAUUUCAUUUGAACAGUUUUAAUGCCGUGAAUAUGAAAGCGAUCUUCGCAGUAAUGAACACCACUUGAGGAGUAGUGAAAAUAGGGCCUAAAAAAAAUUCAGGCCUGUACGGGAUUUCAACCCAUGACCUCUGCAAUACCGGUGCUGUGCAGUUUUAAUGCAAUUAAACGUUAGGUUGUGGUGGUAGAGCGACGCAGCUGACGCCGGUUGAGUCAUAUAAAUAUUUGUCACGUAGAUUGAAGGUUUUUCAGAUUAUGUAUUAUGCACAGUCAAUGUUUAUUGAUUUGAUUACAUGAUUUGGUUUCCCUUUUUUUUUAAUGAUUGAAUAUAUGAAAACACUAGAAAUACUACAUGUUGUCGUAACCUAGUAAAAUAGAAGUUAAAAAGAACCCUAAUCCUAACCUGUUUGACAAUUUAACAGCCAGGUAGCUUGGAGUUAAUGCAAUCGAUGAAUAAAAUUUAUAAUUCAUCUUUUGGAAGGCUUGUAAAACUGAUUUUAUGUAACAACGUAAUCAGCUUGAAGAGGAAGGCAGAUGUAAUUAAAUAAAGCAAAGUACAGUGUGCUACAUUUGUACCUUAAGAUAACCAAACGGUUACUAUGGUGCUGCUUCAACUAAAUUUUUGGCGUAAGCUCCAGCCGGUACACUCUUGCUCAAAAGAAUUUCCCAUAUGCUCUUUAAAAACCUUUCUCCACUUUGGAGUAGAAACGAGUUAACUGUUGAAUUUAGCGCGCUCGCGCGGGGACGUCAGGCGCUGUCAGUGUGCCUAUUAAGUGACUGUUACGUAAUUGAAACAAGUGGAUUUACGAGUUCAACUUUGUGAGGUAAGCUAGAAGACUCUUGGUGAAUUUUAACUUGUUUAAGAAGAAAAAAAGGGGCUUACUCAAUAGACCUUCUAAAAUUUGACAGGAAAGAUAGAUUCUGAUAUGGAAAUGGAAUGGUCCUGAAAAUGCAGACCUUCUGGAAAGAGAAUUUUUCGUAGUAUAAGCGCACAUGGCUAAGGGUAAAAGUAAGGUUGACUCGUGCGACUUUGCUCAUCAAAAUAUCUUCCUUGGCUUGCAUAGAUGUCCUUUUCGUUCCCCUCAGGCCAAGCAGUAGAAGCGUGGAGGCAUAAGGGAGAAGAAGGAGCUAAAGAGAGAAGAGCGCUAGUGGUGCAAAGACAAUUUCUUUGCUCCCUUUCGCCCUAUAUUUUCACGGAACCUACUUCUGAGCCCGCACUUCACUUGGCUACGGGGAAACGCAAAAAGACUUCUACCCAGUUUUUUGUCGCCAUGGUUUGGAUCGAGCGUAUGGAACAGGUGUUUCCAAGCUUAAGGCUGAAGAGUAAUGUUCGACAAACGAUUCAAUACGCAUCCAGUCUGAAAGCAGACUGUCAAGCAAUGCCUGUGAUCAGGCAAGCUCAACAUUUUCUUGAGAACCAUCCUUUUAUGUGCCUAUUUUUGGUCAUCUUGGUCGUUCUUGGUUUUUUGCCUUUUCUGGUUUUCUUAGCCUUUGUAUUAGGCUCGUUUCUUUCCAUAUCGUUCUGCGCACUUCUAGUUUUCGGGGGAACCGUCACUGUAGCGUCAUUCUCCUUACUCGUCAUUCUAUCCCCUGUGAUGUUGAGUGGAGGCGUGUUGGCAGUCUUCUUAUACCUCACAUUUUGCUUUGUUACGAGGGUGCAGAAAAUCAUCGAACGAACCGCCAGGAAUUGCACACUUUUCAAUAAGUCUCGACGAUCAAGUAAUCGACGCAUGCGUCAAGAAACCGCCCAAUUCCGUGUAUUCUAAGAGGAAGCAGCGAUAUUCCUGGUUUCAAAGGAACUGAACGAGGCUCUUUUUUUUCUUUGUUGUUAGGCCUUUAAUUUGAACACAAGGGGUCAAGAAGCUGUCCUGUUUGUUUGGCAUCAGUUACUAGCUUUAGGAAGUUUACUUUUGUAAAUAGAUUUGUUUCAUAUUAUUUGUAGACACUCCCUAACCCUUUGAGACCAAUCGAUAAUUCCCCUCCUCUCUCUCUCUCUCGAGGUUACCAGGGUAUCCACUUUUACUGCCAGUGAAAGGCAAUGAAAGGCCCGACUCCCGAGGAAAAUAUAACAAAGUCAGUUCCUCUUUUCAUUUUUUUCUCCUUAAAUUUUUUAAAUUAUACAAUGAAUUAAAAUAA